AGCAGGACUAGUAACUAUGGACUUCGACGAUAAUUUAUCAGAAUUCGACAAAAACUCAAACCCUGAUGACCAAGACGAUGUUGGAUUCGGACUUGAUGCCAAAGAAUUAAAGGAACUAGAAUAUACAUCUGAUGCAGUGAUAUUUGCAAUCGAUUGAAGAGAAUCCAUGUUUGAACCUAAUGAGUAUAAUGAAGGAGGACUCAGUAACUUUGCUACAGUGAUUAAAGCAGCAGCAGGAUUCUUAAAAUCCAAGAUUAUCUCUAGUGAAUCAGAUCAAACUGGUAUUGUGCUCUAUAAUAGUGGCCAAACCCAAAACUCGAUGAAUUUUGAAGGAGUUUAUAUCAUGAACUCCUUAGAUAGACCAAAUGCAGAAACUAUUAAAUUCUUAGAAACACUUAUUGAUACUAAGAAUUUAAGAUUUAAAUCUAGCGAGAAGGAAAUGCAACUCUCAGAACUCUUAUGGACAUGAGAAGAACAGUUUUCCAAACUUGGAGAAAUCACAGGGCCAGAAGAAAAAUCCAAGUCAAAGACAAUGGAUAUUAACUCAUUUUCGAAAAGGAUCUUCCUUUUCACAAAUGAGGAAAAUCCAAUGUCAGAGAAUGCAAGGAAUCAGGAAGAAGCUAUCGAGAGAGGCCAAAAACUUACUGAAAAGGAUAUUGAAAUUGAACUGUUCCCAAUGAGUAACCCUCACGAAGAGAAGACAAAGUUUGAUGUUGAUUUAUACUUUUCAAAUAUUGUUAAUAUGGAAGAUAGUGACCUCGAAGAUGCUUACCUGAGAAUCCAAGACCUGAGUAAAAGAAUUAGGCUAAAAGAAUUCAAAAAGAGGGUCCUCGGCAAAUGUAUGUUCUCAAUGACAAAGUCAAUGAAUGUUGGCCUGAAGUUCUACAACCUUACUAAGACUACUAAGAAACCUACCGCAAAAUUUAUUAACAAGAGCACAGGGAAGGAGUUAAAAUCCUUAACCAAAUAUACAUGAAAAGAGUCAGGGAAAACCUUAUAUAAGAGCCAAAUUGGAUCUCACUAUCCAGUAAAGAAGCAAAAGGUUAUGAUAAGUGAGCUAGACAUGAAGAAGAUAAAGCACUUUGAGGCAUCAGGCAUGAAGUUGAUUGGAUUCAAACCUAAGGAUAGCAUCAAAAUUUAUCAGAAUAUUCGUCCUUCAUACUUUAUUUACCCAGAUGAAAAAGUAAUGAAAGGAUCCUCUAAAACGUUCCAUGCAAUGAUAGAGUCAUUAAUUAAGAAAAACAAAGUAGCUUACGUCAGAUUCGUACCUAGGGAAGGAGCCAUGGUAAGGUUCUGCUAUCUAGUUCCUCAAAAAGAGAAGCGCCUGAAACAAGACUCAGACGAGUACAGUCCUCCUGGAUUUCAUCUUAUCUUUAUCCCAUAUGCUGAAGAUAUGAGGAAUUUGGAAGAAGAGUUUACACACAAAGAAAAGCUAGCCGAAAUCGACAAAGAAGACGGAAGGGCUGCUAAACUAUUCGUCAAAAACAUGACAGUAGACUUCAAUUCCAGAAAUUUUGAGAAUCCAAGCAUUCAAAAAUUCUACUCAGGCCUCCAAUCAAUGGCUCUCGAGGAGAAACAGCCAGAAGAGAUUCAAGACACUCUCGAACCUGAUCGUGAAGGAAUGAAAGCCAUGCAAAAAGUAGUGGACCACAUGAAAGAUGUCUUCAAACUAGAUGCUAUCCCAAAAAGAGUUAUUAAAGAAAAGAAGCCUAAAAGAAAAAGAGAAGAAGACAAAGAGGACAGUAAAGAAGAGACCAAGCAAGAAGCUGAAGGCGAAGAUGUACAAAUGGAGAUAGAGAAUGGGAACGAAUCCAAUCAAGACUCUCCACCCAAGCCUAGUAGAGGCAAGAGAGUCAAGAAGGAGAACAUGAAUGACGAAAACAUUGAGAUCCCCAAGGUUUAUAGUGACACCAAGAUUAAAGAGAUGAUCAACUCAGAUGAGAUGAUUAAUUUAAGUGUCAAAGUUCUCCGUGAAGCAUGACUUCAACGUAAUAUUCCUAAGAUGAUUCGUGCAACUAAAAGAUCAAUGAUCAAGGCUUUAACUAAGUUCAUAAAAGAGAAGGAAUAA